GUGGUCGGGAAUCCCGGGGCCCAGCGGAGGAAGCUGCACGCCCUCUAAUUGUUACACCGGUUUGAGCAGUUCCUGUGGACAUGGGCCUCUAGCUAUUCUUGGGAUCCUGGUGGAUGGUGAUGGAGGCAUCUUUGGGAAUUCAGGAUGAGCAGCAGCCUUUGUCCCCCAUGCAUGAUCAGUUACAGACUGAUGACUCAUUUAAGAAAUAUGAGCAGAAUUACAAACUUACAGGGGUUGAAAAGGAUAUUGAGAAACUCUAUGAAGCAGUACCACAGCUUGGUAGUGUGUUUAAGAUUAAGGACAAAAUUGGAGAAGGUACUUUCAGCUCUGUUUACUUGGCCACUGCACAGUUAAAAAUGGGACCUGAAGAGAAAAUUGCUUUGAAACACUUAAUUCCUACAAGUCAUCCUAUAAGAAUUGCUGCUGAACUCCAGUGCCUUACUGUGGCUGGGGGGCAAGAUAAUGUCAUGGGGGUUAAGUAUUGCUUUAGAAAAAAUGAUCAUGUGGUUAUUGCAAUGCCAUAUCUGGAGCAUGAAUCCUUUUUGGACAUUUUGAAUUCUCUUUCCUUCCAAGAAGUUCGAGAAUAUAUGUUUAAUCUUUUUAAAGCUUUGAGACGCAUUCAUCAGUUUGGGAUUGUCCAUCGAGAUGUCAAGCCCAGCAACUUCUUAUACAAUAGGCGCCUUAAAAAGUAUGCCUUGGUAGACUUUGGCUUGGCACAAGGAACCCGUGACACAAAAGUAGAGCUUCUCAAAUUGGUCCAGUCUGAAGUCCAGCAGGAAAGUUGCUCACAAAAUAAAACUCACAUAGUCAUGGCAAACAAGGUUUCAUUGAAUGCCCCAGCACCAAAAGAGCUUUCUCAGUCAUCCACUAAAACAGCUGUUAAAAGGCCCUACUCACAUGCACAAUUUCAGACUAAACAAGGAAAAGAUGGAAAGGAGGGAUCUGUAGGCCUUUCUGUCCAGCGCUCUGUUUUGGGAGAAAGAAAUUUCAAUAUUCAAAGCUCCAUUUCACAUGAGAGCCCUGCCGCGAAACUCAUAAAGCAACCCAAACCGAUGGAUAUCACAUCUAGAAAGUUAGCAGCGAAAAAGAAGGUUAUUUCUACAAAAACUGUGACCAGCAAUAUAGUGAGGAAAACUGCCAGCACUUGCCCAGCCAACCUGACCUGUGACUGUUACGCAACAGAUCAAGUUUGCAGUGUUUGCCUUUCAAGACGACAGCAAGUUGCCCCCCGCGCUGGGACCCCAGGAUUCAGAGCACCAGAGGUCUUGACCAAAUGUCCCAAUCAAACUACGGCAAUUGACAUGUGGUCUGCAGGUGUUAUAUUCCUCUCUUUGCUUAGUGGACGAUAUCCAUUUUAUAAAGCAAGUGAUGAUUUGACUGCUUUGGCUCAGAUUAUGACAAUUCGUGGAUCCAGGGAAACUAUCCAGGCUGCUAAAACUUUUGGUAAAUCGGUAUUGUGCAGCAAAGAAGUCCCGGCACAAAACCUCAGAACCCUCUGUGAGAGGCUUCGGGGCCCUCCUGAUCUGGCUGUGGAAAAGCAAGAGGAUUAUGUUCAUGAAUCAAUUUUGUCGCUGAGAACUGAUCAGAAACUGAAGCUCCCUCUGCAGAUGGAGCCCACAGGGAGGUCAUUUCAGGAAGAUGGCCGGGGCGGCUCCGAAACACACACGAGUGACCGUCGAGCCAGCCCGAGAGGCUGGGAUCAAGUCCCUGAUGAAGCUUAUGACCUCCUCGAUAAACUCUUAGAUCUCAACCCAGCCACCAGAAUAACCGCCCAGCAAGCUCUGACGCACCCCUUCUUCAGAGACAUGAGUUUGUGAUGACAACAUUCCGUUUGGCAUUUAUUUGGUUAUUGUCUAAUGGGAAAUAAGUUCAUUGUAAUUUCCUAAGUUUUGAUUAGACACCAGACCCUGAGAGGUCAUGAAAGAAAAAGUAUUUGGUUUCAUGACAAGUAUGAUGUUUUCUGUAUUGUGUUUAUGUAGUUUAUCAGAAAACUGCUGGAACUUAGAUAUCCCUGAAGAGAUGGUGGAUGGGUCGUUCCAUGGACGGGUAACGGGCCUCAUCUAGUCAGACCCACUGAGGGCAGAGUGGAACGUGGAAGGGAUUCCUGCCUAACACACAGGACACGAGGGUUUAAGCAUUGAGGUGGUUUGUGAGUUCCCUUCCAGUCAAAAGACCAAGGUGAAAUUGGCCUGAAGCCUCUUUAUUCUGGGAUGCCUUUCCUGAAAAUUAAAAUUGUUAACAAAAGAAAAUCUGAACUUGAUACAAUAUGAAUUUUAAAUUGUCUUAAUUUUUAUUCUGUUUUGGAAACACCUAGUUUUUGCAAGUAUUUCGUGUCCAUGCCAUUUUUUUCUUAAAGAUGUUUUUUCUUCCUCUGUGCCCACAAUUCCACAUUCUUUUUGGUGUUUCUAUGGUACUUAUCCCCAGGAUUUCAGGGUGUUUGGUCCAAUAACAGAUGGAAGUAGAUGUCCAAAACUGAUGGUAAUAGAUGAAGAAAUUAUGUGAGUGAAUGCAAAUGGCAGGUUGGAGGACCGUAAUGAAAACCUUUUGGGUUUCAUAAUUCAUUUUUUCUUCUAAUGAAAGCCAAAGCCAUCAGGCCAUCUACAUCUUUAUUGUCCUGCUUUGGAAAACACUGGACUAACCCAUGGGAUGACUAUGAAGAAAAACUGUGCCCCAGGGAGAAAGGACAAGAGGGAGAGAUGAGCCACACCAAGACACGUGUGCGUGGUUGGAUUUACAUUCCAGGCCUCUUUCGAGUGAAUAUUUCAUAUUCACUCAUUGGCUAGAUUGGCAAGUGUGCUGCUAGAUAGAGGCUGUGAAGCUGGGCAGAAUGUACCAGCCUGGGAGGUGAAUUGUAUUUGUUUAAUUAUGAGACCUCUACAAGGAAGAAGGGAGCAAGGCAAUUAGUGUCUAACUAACAAGCCAUGUGAUGUGUCGUGGUCCCAAGGAAACGACUGAGCUCCAGGGAUUGUUUACGUGAAUCACCACCUCAUCAGUCUUAGUUUCUUCUCAUGCAGUAAUUCUUAAAAAAAAAAAAAAGCCUUUUGAAUGUGAAAUUAUAUAUUUGUAUGUCUAUUUAA